AUGCCUGUAGUCCAGGACAAAUACACCAUCGAUGUUACCAACCGGUUUGGUAUUUCCGAGGACGUUGUCGAGGACUCAGGUGACGAGAUCGAGAAUGUCGAUCCUUUUGCUAUGAUCAACGAAAUGCAGGCUCAAGCCGAGGAAGCUAAGAAGCAGCCCAAGAAGAAGGUUCAGAAGAAGGCUGCCCCUGCUCCCGAAAAGAAGGAAGCCCCCGUUGAGGACAAGAAGGUCGACAAGAAGCGAGGACCAGGUGGAAAGCGUGAAGGAGGACAAAGACGAGACGGACAACGACCACGAGGCGACCGACCACCCCGAGGACCCCGAGAGGGAGGUGACGUCGAUGGAGCCCGAGAAAACCGACCGCGACGCGAUCGUGGCGACGGUGAGCGACGCCCCCGUCGGGAUGGUGAACGACGACCGCGACGUGAAGGAGAAGGUGGACCCCGACGAUUCGAUCGCAAAUCUGGCGAUCCACGAUCUUCAUACAAGGGUUCCGACAAGCGAGAAGGCGCCGGCCAGGGCAACUGGGGCACCGAGAAGGACGAAUUGAAGGGCCAGACUGAAGCUGUCACUGAAGAGCGACCCUCUGAGGAGAAGGCCGAGGGCGAGGCCGCCCCAGAAGUCGAGGCUGCUGCUCCAGCUCCAGUCGAGGAGGAGGACAAGACCAUGACCCUUGAGGAGUACAAGAAGCAAAAGAAGAACGUUAUCAAGAACUCAAAUGCCCGCACCGCUGCUGCUGCUGCUGAAGAGACCGAUCAGAAGGAGUUCAAGCGAGAGAAGAAGGGACGAGCUGCUCGAUACGAGUCUUUGGACUUCAACGCCGUCGCUUUCCGACCUGCUCGACGGGAACGAGACGGUGACCGAGACAACCGACGAGGUCCUCGACGAGAUAACCGACGACGAGAUGAAAAGCAGGAGUCUGGCUUCAACCUCGCCGGCGACGACUUCCCCUCUCUCUAA